AUGUCUCACCAACGCAAAAACAGUCUGUGGACGCCGCCGGCCGUGCAAACCCCUCAGCUGCUGUCCGGAAAGUCCAUGAUCAUCACUGGCGGUGUCACCGGAAUUGGCCGCGCAAUAGUUCUGGGAUAUCUCCAGCAUGGCGCAAACGUGGCAGUGAACCACUUUGGCGACGACAAGUCGGCAACACAGUACCAGACCCUCGUCGACGAGGCAGCUGAGAACUUACAAGUUAGCAAAGAAGAUGUAGAGAAGAGACUGUUACAAGUGCCCGGCGAUGUAGGAAAUCCAGAGACAGGCAAGAAGUUGGUAGAGGCUGUGGUGCAAAGAUGGGGACGAUUGGAUGUGGUGAUAAGCAAUGCGGGUGUUUGCGAGUUCAAGGAGUUCUUAGAAAUCACACCAGAUCUCUGGAAUUCAACCCUCACAACAAACCUCACCGGCGCAUUUCACACCAUCCAAGCCGGCGCGAAGCAAAUGUCUACCCAAUCAUCCCCAGGUGGCUCCAUCAUUGGUAUCUCCUCCAUCAGCGCGCUUGUUGGCGGCGCAUACCAGGGCCACUACACACCUACAAAGGCUGGUGUGCUCUCCCUGAUUCAAUCUUCCGCAUGCGCACUUGGGAAACACAACAUCAGAUGCAACGCGCUGCUACCGGGUACAAUAAGGACACAGCUGAACGAGAAGGAUCUCGAGGACGAAGAGAAGCGGAAGUAUAUGGAAGGCAGGAUACCGUUGGGCAGGACUGGCAUACCGAGUGAUCUUGCUGGGCCAGCAAUCUUCCUAGGAAGUGAUUUGAGCAGCUAUGUCAAUGGUGCACAAUUGCUGGUUGACGGAGGGCUAUUCGUAAAUCUUCAAUGA